AUGGAGGAACUAAAGAAUGUAGGUGAAGAUGUCAAGAGAAGGGUCGAAGAUGCAGAGAAACGCCAGAUGAAGCGGAGAAAUGAAGUGAAUGGCUGGCUUAAUAGUUUAACAGCUCUGGAGAGAGAAGUGAACGAAAUUCUGGAAAAAGGUGAUCAAGAAAUUCAGAAGAAAUGCCUCAGGAAUUGCUGUACCAGGAACUGUCGGUUCAGCUACAAGAUUGGGAAGAUGGCAAGGGAAAAAAUCCCAGCUGUCUCUGAGCUAAAGAACAAAGGACACUUUGAUGUCGUGGCAGAUAUAUUGCCUUCAGCUCCGGUGGAUGAGAAGCCUAUGGAGAAGUCUGUCGGCUUAAAUUUGAUGUUUGGCGAGAUAUGGAGAUGGCUGGAAGAUGAAAAGGUGGGAAUUAUCGGAUUGUAUGGAAUGGGGGGUGUGGGGAAAACUACCCUCAUGAAGAAGAUCAACAACGAGUUCCUCAAAACAAAGCUUGGAUUUGAUGUAGUGAUCUGGGUUGUUGUGUCGAAACCGGCUAAAGCUGAGAAGGUUCAGGAAGUCAUCCUGAACAGACUAGAGGUUCCUCGUUACGAAUGGGAAAAUAGAAGCAGAGAUGAGAAAGGACAGAAAAUAUUCAACAUCUUGAAAACAAAAAAGUUUGUACUACUGUUAGAUGAUGUAUGGGAGCGUCUUGAUCUCACUGAAGUGGGGGUUCCUCAUCCCAAUGGUGAAGAUAACAUGUCCAAAUUGAUAUUUACAACCAGAUCAGAAGAUGUGUGCCAUGUGAUGGAAGCUCAUAAGCAUGUCAAGGUAGAGUGUUUGGCAUCAGAUGAAGCCCUUGCUUUGUUUCGGCUGAAGGUGGGGGAGGAUACUUUUAAUUCUCAUCCACAGAUACCAGCACUUGCCAAAGAAAUCGUGAAAGAGUGCAAAGGUCUGCCGCUUGCGCUCAUCACCAUCGGCCGAGCAAUGGUUGACAAGAAGACUCCCCAGAGGUGGGAUCGAGCAGUACAAGUAUUAAGGACUUAUCCAUCAACAUUUGCAGGUAUGGAGGAUAAAGUGUUUCCCAUUCUAGCAUUCAGUUACGAUAGCUUAUACAAUGAUACCAUCAAAUCCUGCUUUCGAUAUUGUUCUAUGUUCCCAUCCGAUUAUGAAAUUUUGGAAGAUGAACUUAUAGAACUUUGGAUUGGGGAGGGGUUUUUGAUUGAAUCUUAUGACAUCCAAAGAGCACGGAACGAAGGAUAUGAUGCUAUCGAAAGCCUAAAGGUGGCAUGUUUGUUGGAGAGUGGUGAAUCUGAAAAACAUGUUAAGAUGCAUGAUAUGAUCCGCGACAUGGCUUUAUGGUUAACUACGAAAACUGGGGAGAAUAAGAAGAAGGUUGUGGUAAAAGAACGAGCUAGGUUGGUCAGAGCUCGGGAGUUUGCAGAAUGGAGGGAGGCACACAGAUGA